CGGGCAUGCCAGACUGCAAGCUUGCAUCGACAAACCGGGACCACGCCGCAACGGAGACGAUACAACGGACGAAGAAGAGGCAAUUGCAGCUGGACCACACAUCAUGAACGCCUUCCGGUGCCUACGGGUCGUCGCGCGCCCUUCAACCAGCGCAUCCACACUCCUCCGACCACGCAUAGCACCACCACAGUCACUAUCCACACCCUCCUCCACCCGCCAAAUAUCGCUCCUCACUCCCCGGCGUCCUAUCCUGCCCCGCACAAACGUCCUCCCGCCCGCGGGCAGCACCUCUCUGGUCCCCUCAAGUUCAGAGACACUGGACCUCGCGUCGAAAAUCUCGUCACAUCCUGGUCUGGGCAGCAUGCAGAUCCGGUGCGGUCCGCGUGAUACAUAUAACCCGAGUCAUCUGGUGCGCAAGAGGAGACAUGGGUUUUUGAGCAGGAUCAGGACGAAGAAGGGACGGAAAAUGAUUAUGCGGAGGUUGAAGAAGGGGAGGUGGAAUAUCAGUCAUUAGAGGAGUAAAAGUGUUUGUUCAUUCAACGGGCAAACAUGUGUUGGACUCGAAGAUCUCUGGCUCGGAGAUGGGAAUAGACAAGGGCGCUUGUGUAUAUUGAAUGUACAGUAUGCGUAACGUGCCUUUAGAGACAUGUACUAUAUAAGACAGGUAAAUAUGUAUCUUCUGGAGUAGGACCUACUUACACAGAGUCUCUAUUUGACGGGUAUUCCUCCCAAUCCAGCCUCCUUGGGUAUAACCGCAUCAACACGCCCAGGAACUACUGUCCUGCAGCCAAAU